AUGAACCUAGAAUGGAUUUUGAGACUCAUCAUAGAUCGUAAUGACUGGUUUCCGACCACGUUGACGAACUUUGCCCAUGUUGAUAAAACUAGUACUAGGAUUAAGGCCAGGCUAACCCCAACUCAGUUAGACAUGUUUAGGCAAACAUGUUUCGGUCCUAUUUUGGACAUGGACGUUGUUUUCAACGGUCCAUUGAUCCAUCACCUGUUGUUGAGAGAGGUUGAAGAGCCUAGACAGGACGUCAUUAGCUUUGACUUGUUUGGGAAGAGGGUGUCUUUUGGUAAGCGAGAGUUCGACCUAAUCACCGGGCUCAGUCAUAGGAUGAAUAGGGUAGAUAAUCAUAUUCCUGGACGAAGACUUAGAGCACGUUACUUUAAAGACAGUGUUAAGGUUAAGUGUAGUGAGCUGGAGAAGAUUUUUUUGGAGGACGUUUUUUACGACGACGAGGAUGUUGUGAAGGUUGGCAUAGUUUACUUCAUAGAACUUGCCAUGAUGGGGAAGGAGAGGAAGCAGUUCAUAGAUACGGCCCUGUUAGGUGUUGUGGAUCGAUGGGAGGACGAUUUGGAGUCUCAAGAACGCCCUGAAGGAUAA